GACAAGGUGGAUGUUUCAUAAGUUCUUCGCAUAAUUCUCAUGCGAAUUGUGAUGUGAUAAGUGUAUAUACAUAGGAACGUAGGUGUUAAAUGGUCAGUUAGCAUGAUCGGAAAAUGGAGGAGAGUACAGGAACAUCUUGGUGUCGCUGUCCACAAUUUUGGACAAGAUGGUCCACAUCGAUUGCGGUUAACUAUUGGCGAAGUCGUUCAGUUAUUAGAAGAGUGCGAUGAUUGGUACUAUGGAAGCAGUAAAUACAAAGGAGAGUAUGGGAUUUUUCCGAAAUCCUACGUUCGUGUUCUACCCCUGAACAGAAACACGGAAGCUUUAACGUAUGAAAUAACCAAUGUACUGAGAGAAUGGGGCCAUCAUUGGAAGCACUUAUACGUGACACACUCGAAGCAUUUCUUGCCCAUUCAACAAGAAAUCUUGGAACUGAUAGAAUACAGAAGUAAAAUCCUAAGCGGAACGUUGACGGUCGAUGAAUUGAAAGAUGUGAAGAGGUUGGCAACUGCCAGAAUAGAUACUGGAAAUCAACUUUUAGGUUUGGAUAUGGUGGUUCGUGACGAACAGGGAAAUAUAUUAAAUCCCGAGGAAACGAGUGCCGUUCAACUUUACCAUUAUCACGAGACAGGGGCCGAAAGAAUAAGAAAGGCAACAACGGAAACCAGAAGGAAGCACAAUAAGCCCAGAACGCCUAUAUACUCGCAUAUAUUUUUCAUCAGCGUAAGAAAUUUUGUCUGCAAAAUGGCCGAAGAUGUGGAACUGCUGCUAACCCUGUACGACGGCAAAGAAAUGAAAGCGAUCACUGAGAACUACGUUGUAUUUUGGAGCAAGGAGGGCCUUGCCAAAGACAUCGAUCAGUUGCAUAAUUUGAGGGUGUUGUUCACCGACCUUGGAUCUAGGGAUCUGUCCAGAGAUAAAGUAUAUUUAGUAUGCUUUGCCAUUAGGGUUGGAGGCAUGGACGCGAAAGAGGUCGAUCACAGAAGAUCGAGCAUUGUACAGAAUAAUCAAAAGCCCAAAAAUGUUGACGACAUGCGGAGGCCAUUCGGCGUCGCCGCGAUGGACAUUACGUUGUAUAUUACAGGGAAACUAGAGGGCGAUGUUGAGCAUCAUCAUUUCAUUCCGUUUUUGCACUGUGAGAAGGAGAGUCUGGAUGGAACGUUACGCAGAAUUAUUUCCCAAAAGGAAACAAACAGCCAGAAAAGUAAUAGUGGGAAUUGCGGAAACGUUGCUGGAGGUCAGGGCUUGUGGGCUAGCUUGAAACUACUUAUGGGUGAUACUAAACAAGUACGUGAAGAAUAUCCGCAUUUAGUACUAGGUAAUGUGGCUAUCGCACGUAAAAUGGGAUUUCCAGAAGUAAUUUUACCAGGAGAUGUGAGGAACGAUCUAUAUCUUACGUUGAUAUCUGGAGAGUUCAGCAAAGGAUCUAAAUCUACCGAUAAAAAUGUUGAAGUAACGGUAAAAGUUUGCAACGAGCAUGGGGUUCCAAUACCAGGGAUGAUGACACUAGGUGGUGGAGCAGCCUUGAUAGACGAAUAUCGUAGUGUUAUAUAUUAUCACGAAGAUAAGCCAAGAUGGUGCGAGACCUUUAAAAUAGCCGUGCCAAUAGAAGAGUUUAAACAGGCUCAUCUGAAAUUUACUUUCAAGCAUCGUAGUUCAAAUGAAGCCAAGGACAAAUUCGAAAAACCGUUUGCUCUAAGUUAUGUUAGAUUGAUGCAACGCAAUGGAACAACGCUUCAGGACAUUCAACACGAAUUAUUAGUUUAUAAAUUAGAUCACAAAAAGUACGAAGAAAAUGAAGCAACGUAUUUGAGCUUACCCUCUACUCGAGGAGAACUGCUAGAGCUCCAUGGUGAAAAGAAACCGUCAAGAGGUCCGCUGACUUUGAGUUCUAAAGAUAAUUUCUUAAUAGUAACCAAUAUUUGCUCCACUAAAUUGACGCAAAAUGUGGACUUGUUAGGUUUAUUAAAUUGGGCAUCAUGUAAAACGGAUUUAAAAGACUCUUUGGCAGCCUUAAUGAAAGUUGACGGAGAGGAAAUUGUGAAAUUUUUACAAGAUGUCCUAGAUGCUUUAUUCAAUAUAUUAAUGUGUAAUUCAGAUAGCGAUGUGUUCGAUGACAUGGUUUUCGAAUGUUUAUUGUAUAUAAUUGGAUUGGUGUCCGAUAGAAAAUACCAGCACUUUCAGCCAGUAUUGGAUUUGUACAUAUCAGAAAGCUUUUCGGCGACUUUGGCAUAUAAGAAAUUGAUCGUCGUUUUACGAAAACGCAUAGUUAGCGCCUGUACGAAUGAUGUGCAAGAGCGAGACUUAUUAUUAAGAACUAUGAAGAGUUUGCAAUACUGUAUGAGAUUCAUUGUCGAAUCUCGAUUAUUGUUCACGGCAUUGGAUGAGGACGAAGAAGAAUUUUCUCAGACUUUAACGGACCUACUCAGAUCUAUCGUUGAUCUAAUGAGUCACGAGACCGAUGGAACUCUAUUAGUGCAAGGAGCAUGUCUUAAGUAUUUACCGACAACGGUACCACAUUUACUGCGAGUGUAUAGUGGAAAACAACUGAGUACAAUACUAACGGAUUUAUUAGUCACGCUACCCCCAGGAAGGUUAACUAAACAGAAAAUGAUGACAAUAAACGACAUUGUACACAGUCCACUUUUUUUAAAUGUGGAUUGUAGGGCAAUACUUUUGCCAAGAAUCGUUCUACUCGUUCGGAAUCUUCUUGAAGCUAAAGAAGAGGGACUGUCAGGCACGCCUGGAAAAAGCGUGGCGAAGGUAGCCAGGUUGCUCGGCGAAAAUCGUCACCGACUGAACCAACAUCGGGGAUAUUCCGAAGAGGUGGAACUUUGCGUUAAAAUCCUGUCGGAUAUUCUCAAAUUGACAUUUAGAAAGGACGUCGGCUGCACAGUUUCGGAUGUGAAGGAAAUCAUGUUAACAGCACUCAGAACUGUCAUACAGACUGUCAUAUCGAUGGAUAGAGAAAACCCUCUAGUAGGAAAUUUAGUAUCCGUGAUGCUGGCAAUAUUCAGACAAAUGACCCAACAACACUACGAAAUAUACAUUAAUCAUUUCGGUACGGAAUUUGACUUGCUUGACUUCUUGAUGGAGAUUCUGUUAGUUUUCAAGGACCUUGUUUCUCGAAGUGUCUUCCCCAAUGACUGGUGCGAAAUGAUCAUGCUUCAAAACAGCGUUAUUUUGAAGUCGCUCCGUUAUUUCUCAGGGACUAUCGUGGAACAUUUCUUUUCGAAUUUCGAACAACAAGCUUGGUCCAAUUUCUUUCACGGUGCAAUAGCCUUUUUAACGCAACCGGCACUUCAGUUGGAAACAUUUAGUCCUGCGAAACGUAAUCGGAUCGUCGCGCGAUACAGUGACAUGCGCAGGGAAACUGCUUUCGAAAUACGAUCGAUGUGGUUCAACUUAGGCCAAUAUAAAAUCUUGUUUGUGCCUUCCUUAGUUGGUUCCAUUUUGGAAAUGGCUUUGAUACCAGAAACGGAACUAAGAAAAGCUACCAUUCCUAUAUUCUUUGACAUGAUGCAGUGCGAAUUUUAUAGCUCAAGAAUCGCCGAAGGAUAUGGAGAUACAAAGAGAGAUCCUGCCUAUAUUAAAGCUAAUUUCAUUGAUUACGAAAACGAGAUGAUUGCAAAGCUGGACAUUUUGGUCGAAGGAGGAAAGGGAGACGAACAAUUUCGUAAUCUCUGGGUGCAAGUAAUGAGUUCCCUUUGUGAAAAACAUUCGACAAUGCGAGAACAAGGUUUACGAUUCGUAGAAACCGUGGCUAAAUUAAUGGAACGUCUGCUACAAUAUCGAGACAUUGUUCAUGCCGAAUCUCAGGAACAUCGAAUGCUCUGCACGGUUAACUUGUUAGAGUUCUAUUCUGAGAUAAACAGGAAAGAAAUGUACAUCAGAUAUGUGAACAAAUUGUGCGAACUACAUUUGGAGUGUGAUAACUAUACAGAAGCUGCUUACUCGUUAAAAUUACACAGUCAACUGUUAUCAUGGAGUGAUCAGCAUUUGCCUCCUUUGUUGAGAUCUAACAGAUAUCCACUGUGUCAGACUCACCGCCAACUAAAAGAAGCUCUGUACAAUGACAUGAUCGAAUAUUUUGACAAAGGAAAAAUGUGGGAAUGUGCGCUUGGAGUUUGCAAGGAGUUAGCAGCACAGUAUGAAGAAGAAACCUUCGAUUACGCUCAACUGUCUUUACUGCUAAGACGAAUGGCCAAAUUUUACGACUGCAUAGUAAAACAGUUAAGACCUGAACCAGAAUACUUCAGAGUAGCAUAUUACGGACGAGGUCAUCCACCGUUCUUGCAGAACAAAGUAUUCAUUUAUCGGGGCAAAGAAUACGAAAGGCUCAGUGAUUUUUGUUCGAGAACGCUGAACCAGUUACCUAAUGCCGAACAAAUGAGUAAAUUAUCUCCACCUAGCGAAGAUAUUCUGGAAUCUAAUUGCCAGUAUGUACAAAUUAACAAAGUAGAUCCGUUAAUGGAUGAAAAGAAGCAUCGUUUAAGUGGAAAACCGGUCAUUGCAGAAGCAGUUUUGAGGUACCACCGCGUUAAUGACGUCCAACGAUUUCGAUUUUCACGCCCAGCUCCGAAAAAAGAAUUAACAACGGUGCGGACUGGAGAUAAAGAUAAGGAAAUCCAAGAGAGUAACAGUAAUGAAUUCGCCUCAUUGUGGUUAGAAAGGACAGUGCUUGUAACGAGUCAUCCUCUGCCUGGAAUUUUAAGGUGGUUUCCAGUUACAUCGAGUGAAACUUAUUUAGUUAGUCCUUUGCGGAACGCUAUCGAAACGAUGGAAGCCACUAAUACGGUACUCCGAGACCUCAUCAUUGCUCACAGAGCGGAUCCCAAUCUUCCUUUGAACCCCUUGAGUCUAAAGCUGAAUGGUAUUCUGGAUCCAGCUGUAAUGGGAGGAGUAGAUAAUUAUGAAAAAGCUUUUUUAAAUCCCGAUUAUCGAGAAACGCACCUACACGAAAGCGCUGAUCUUUUGAAAUUGGAAGGUCUGAUUGCUUCACAAAUACCUCUUUUAGAAAUUGGAGUGCAACUACAUAAAGCGAGGGCACCCCUCGAACUUGCUCCAUUCCAACAACGGUUGGAACAUUGUUUUGCAUCUAUGCGCAUCCAAAUAGAAUCAAAAUACGGUAAAAGAACUUGUGACCUGAAGCUUGAGAAUAUUACUCAUACGGUUACGAUGCGCAGAAAUCAACCUACUAGAGGCGAGAGCCAUCGUUUAUCAGAAGCCAGUGCAGUAAGCACAGAAAAUAACUCCGUGCGAUCCCACAUUUUGUCUUCGGCAUCUAUACAGAAAGCACUCGGAAGUUCCAGCCCGGGUACAAAUAAGAAAAAGGACUCUAAAAGGAGUUCACGUAAAAGCGAUACAACCGCGGCAAAUAAAAACGACCAACCAAAGAGUCAGUGGUACACGACAUCUGACGUGAUGCAGAACACUAUCAUGACCGAUACUUCACCGACAACGAGUCUUUCUGCGACACAUAUAUUUGAAUUGAGACAAGAAUUAACUCCUAAACGUCCUCUAAGAUCGGAAGCGGAAAAAGAGCGGAGAAUAAGUACUCGAUGGUCCGGCCAAACACAAUAUUAUCCAAGGAUUUCAAAUAACGGAUUGGAACCUACCAGUCUAUCUAAGGGAAAUAGAGAUAGUAUUGGAACAACCGACAGCGCUACCUCCGAAGAAGAUCCUCCACCACCUCUGCCAAUCAAAACGCGCGAAGCAGAUUAUUGUAAUCUCCCAGAUGAUGAUCAAGCUCAUCAUGGCCAAAUGAACAUCCUGAGCAACAUAAAUAGACUCCUGUGUCACCCAGCAAAGAGUAAACUACCAACUCCAUCUGACGGUAACCAAAGCAAACCACCAACACCGCCUCCGAAACCUAAAAGGCCGAUGCACACCACGGAGGAUGUUUUUCUUCCGGCAGGUGAUCUAACCGAUCGAAGUCGUGACUCAUCGGCCACAUGAUGAUCGUACACAUACAAUUAUUUAUAAUCACCCUCUCCUAUAUUACUUUCUCAUUGAAAAUAAUUUAUUGCCGAAAUUCAAACUAAACUUUGACUGUAACCGAAAUUGAAUUUGCUCUUCUACUAACGUAAGUAAAUGUCCGUCAUCUUAUUAUGUUCCCGAAUGGUCUAUGCCAUUUUAUGAGGUAUUAUUGACAACAUUUACAUCGAUUUUAAUUUAUGCUUUUAGAUACAAUUAUCAUCCCCGAUAUAUGAAAGGUUCGUGACAUGUUCGUGGCAUGUACCACAUUGCAAGAUUUUCGUAAAUUUGACUUCAUUUGACAAAAAUCUGACACAAAUCUUGCAAUAUAGUACAGAUCUUGCUGCAGAGAUGCGUGUUUAAUCCUACGUUGAGAAUGUCUAAAGGUUGUUGUGCAUCUGUACAUUCUGUACAUUUUGACACAAUGGUGUUAAUACUAGCAAUUUAAAGUUACAAGAUUUAUAUUGCUGCGGAUAAAUUUUCCACCUUAUCAUGCAAAUAUGUAAUUUAUUAACAAAGAUCUUUGUUAUACCGUACACAUUGGCGAAGACAAAUGCAAUGUUAUAAUCCGAAACGCCCAAAAUUUCUGAUUAACAGAUCAGAAAAUAGUUUUUUGGCAGGCGCUAAAAAUGAACAUCUUUUGUGCUAACUUAUAUACCAUUUUCUUUUUACCUUCGAUUUCAUUCAAAUACAUGCAUGAAGUAAUGGGAGAAGCAUCCCUUUUCUUUAAAUACAUCCACCAAACUACUUUAUUUCUUGCAAUUCAUAUAUUUGGAUUUAUACUAUAUAAAGCGUGAAUAUGUUUCGCCAUAUACUUUUACAACACUUUUCGACCACAUAUGUACGGACUAUAAUACAGUCCGACGCAUGAACAAUGAAAGAUGCUUCUGCCAUCAAGGGUGUGAAUAUAUUUCAUUUUUAUACAGUAAUUUACAUUAUACAUAUACAUUCACUAUAGUACAGUGCGCAUUUGCAGUAUGAAAUGGCUUUUCAAUGAUAUCGUCAUUGCUAUACCACAUUACACACUCAUUUACAUUAUUUAUUUGUUAAAUAUGUCAAUUCAAGUAAAUAGUUAAUAUAACGUGGUUUUAAAUGUCUAGUCGAUUGUACGGUCGGAUGAAAGUUGUUGGCCAAAGGUUUUAUUUGGCUUUGUCUUGAACCGGAUCGACAUAUGUUCAAAUGCACAUUAAUUUUGGUAUGGUUUAUAUGCAAAAGAGUUUUAUUUAAACUAAACCAAAUUUUAGUUUUAGGGCAUUUAUACACUUGAGAAUGUAGAAUGUCAGGACGAAUUUAAACGGAACAAGCCACUGUAGAAUUCGAGAUUUCAUAUUUGUUUCUAAACUAGCUUGAAUCUAAUCAAGACUACUAUAAUAUUAAUAUUUCUAAUGAUAUCUGAAACUAUGGCAACAAUGUUCAUUUUAUUCAGGUAUAAAUAGUAACAUGAUUUAUACUAAUUUUAUCAGGAAAGUAUAAUAAUAAUAAUAAUUGCUUAAUUCAAAGUACCAUAGAUCUAUACAUUGAAGACGGCCUAAAAACUAAUUUUUGCUCAGUAUGUGUUCCUGUCAUAUCAGAAAUAAACACAAUACUUGAAUCGUAAAGCUUUCAAAUGUAUAACUAAAAUUACUACAUGAAGUAAAAAGAUUAUCAUUAACAAUGCUUGGGCAAAUUUUUAAACUCUUGCAUUCUAUUUUUCAUGACACGUAGACUUUUGUGUACAUUAUGACGUCUAUUUAAGAUAUUUCUUAAAUCGUAGGCAAUAAUACACUUCAUUAAUAUUUAUUUCGUCGCCGUUUAUCUUGUACUUUUUCUACGAAUUGUAAAUGAGAAGCCUUUUCAGAAAAACUAGGUAAAUAAAUUUCCAAAGUGCAUAUUGACAAUAAAAUUGUAAUGCAUUACACUCUAAUCAUCGUAGAUACUUGAGAUGCAUUUGAAAUAAAUAUGGCUUCUUUUAUUCUAUUUGAGAAUGACACUUCCAACAUAUCAAGCAAACCGAUUGUUAAAUGGUUUCCGAACUUCCUAUAUUAGAAAACCAACGUUCUCCAAAUAAUGUAAAAUUUUUUACUGACAAUACUCCAUUGACAAAACGAAAAAUAUGUAUCUAAGAAAUCAUGUUUUAUUACUGUACCAAAGAAAGUAUUUUUAGCGUUAUUUAUUCGAAUUAAUCUAUUGUACGUAUUAACGGUGGUAUAAGUGCGGCAUAUGAACGAUGAACUCGAAAAAGAAAAACAAUCUGCAAAUGAUUAAGAAAUCUUAAAUGUAAAACAUUUACCUACUAGUCUGCUUAAUAAAACUACACCUUUGUUAUGAAUCGUUACAAAUGUAAUAUAUACGACAUGCACAUUCGUUCACUUGCACACAGUCUAUAUUAGGUAAUUUGUUUAUAAUGACAAACAAAUAAUGUAGUGCCAUUUUAUUUUUUUAAGUUUGUUGUAAUUAUAUACCUUCCUAGAUAGUUAGGGACCAACGCAGUAACAUUUUAUAUUGACAUAUUAUGUAUUAUAUAAUGGUAAUUAAAUAUACGCUGCUGCAUAA